CCAAACCAUGACUUCGCUCUUUGAUAUUAAUGCGGCUGCCGCUGUCAAGGACUAUUCUGUCAAGCCUAAAUUGUCUUAUAGCACUGUGAAUGCAAUUACUGGUCCUUUGGUAAUCCUUGAUAAUAUUCGCCGUCCAAAGUACAAUGAAAUUGUGAAUUUGAAUUUACCGGAUGGAUCAGUUCGAUCUGGUCAAGUUUUGGAAGUUGCUGGUUCGAAAGCAAUUGUUCAGGUUUUCGAAGGCACUUCUGGUGUUGAUGUCCGAAAGACUAGCAUAGACUUUACAGGACAUUCCAUGCGAAUCCCUGUAUCUGAAGACAUGCUUGGGCGCGUUUUCAAUGGUUCUGGUGUUCCCAUUGACAAGGGUCCCAGCUUGCUGGCCGAAGACUAUUUGGACAUCAAUGGUUCUCCUAUCAACCCUUAUGCUCGUAUUUAUCCCGAAGAAAUGAUUCAAACCGGUAUUUCCUCCAUCGAUGGUAUGAAUAGUAUUGCUCGUGGUCAAAAAAUUCCCAUUUUCUCUGCUGCUGGUCUUCCUCACAACGAAAUUGCUGCUCAAAUCUGUCGCCAGGCAGAUUUGGUAAAACGACCCACAAAAGACGUACAUGAUGGACAUGAAGAUAACUUUUCCAUCGUAUUCGCUGCCAUGGGUGUCAACUUGGAAACAGCUCGUUUCUUCCAGCGUGAUUUUGAAGAAAACGGCUCUCUUGAACGUGUAACUCUCUUCCUUAACUUGGCUAAUGACCCUACUAUUGAGCGGAUCAUUACUCCACGUUUGGCUCUCACUGCUUCAGAGUUUUUAGCUUAUCAAACCGACAAACAUGUUCUUACCAUUCUCACCGACAUGACUUCUUAUGCUGAUGCACUACGAGAGGUUUCUGCCGCUCGUGAAGAAGUUCCUGGUCGUCGUGGUUAUCCCGGUUACAUGUAUACAGAUUUGUCUACUAUAUAUGAGCGUGCUGGUCGUGUAGAAGGCCGUAAUGGUUCUAUAACUCAAAUUCCCAUUUUAACUAUGCCUAAUAAUGAUAUUACUCACCCUAUUCCUGACUUGACCGGUUAUAUUACAGAAGGUCAAAUAUUCGUCGACCGAGAGCUUCAAAAUAAUGGUAUUUAUCCUCCUAUUAAUGUUUUGCCUUCUCUUUCUAGACUGAUGAAGUCUGCUAUUGGCGAAGGAAUGACUCGCAAUGAUCAUGGUGAUGUAUCCAACCAACUUUAUGCGAUGUACGCUGUCGGUCGUGAUGCUGCUUCCAUGAAGUCUGUAGUCGGUGAGGAGGCGUUGUCUCAAGAAGAUCGUUUGGCACUUGAAUUUUUGGGUAAAUUUGAAAAAACCUUUGUUAAUCAAGGUGCCUAUGAAAACCGUCCUAUCACAGAGACUUUAGAUUUGGCUUGGUCGCUCCUCCGUAUCUUUCCCCGCGAAAUGCUUACACGUAUUCCCAAAAAAAUUCUUGAUCAAUACUACACUAGAUCUUCCUCAAAGGACGUUAUCGACAACUCUGAAGAUUCUUAAGCGAUUUCCGUAGCUUUACUUAGCAUAGCCCUUAUGUUAGUCUUAUAAUUUUGUUGAUCAAUGAAGGAUUUACUUUAUAUAAUGCUGUCUAUAAAUGAAUUAGUUUCUUCUUUUGAAAUUAGAUGACAAAAAACGACAUAAGGAAAACUAUUCAAGGACAUGAACUAUUAUUCAAAAUUAACAAAUACAAGUUAUCAUUCAAUACUGUCCAACCGAAAACAUAAUUUUCCUGUUUUAAACUAUGGUUAAUCGAUAAUAACGAUAU